UUCAACACAGAAGAACCAUCUUACUCCCUAUUUCUCUACUCUGCGAACUCAAACACCAAUCUUCGCAAAGCCAUCCUCCUCCAUUCAAUCCAACCUUCUCAGUGGCAUUCCGUCAAACACCUCACCCCAACCUCUUCCAUUCCCUUUUUUCUUCCACCCUCACCGCCCUCCAUCACUACCCCCACCUCAUCCACCCUCUAUUCACAUAUUAUACGUUUUGCACCCUACCCUCUCAACGGCGUCGAUUUCUCCUGCAACCGUCAUCGUCGUCACCGCAAAGGUCUUGACACCGCCACUCUUCUCACCGCCAUAGCAGGUUCUCUUCCAACUCCGGUAGUAGCGUCGUUUUGCACCCCUUAUCGGCGUCGAACUCUUCCACCUCCGCCGACUAUUUCUCACCGAUGGCGCCAUAUCGUGAUGGAAAUUCUAGUGUCGCGACAGUACCAACAUUUUCUCGACAAGACCACACCGCACAUGCUCCGUCGCUGGAUUGGUUCCUUGAUCGUUGCUUGUAUCUACGUUUUGCGCAUAUACUUGAUCCAAGACUUUUACAUCGUCUCCUACAGUCUCAGAAUCUACAUGCUCAACCUCCUCAUCAGAUUCCUUUUCCCUCAAGUUGAUCCCGAAAUUCAGGAACUCUACGAUGGUGUCACUCUCCCCGCUAGGGGCUCCGAUGAGUUUCAUCCCUUUGUCGCCUCCCUAAGUUCAAGUUCUGGUAUUCAAUCAAUAUGGCUAAUUCAGGAUGGUCAUUUUAGUAGGCAUGUGGAUAGUUAUUUUAAUUCUUAUAUGGAUGGAGUGAGCGAUGCAGUCACGGUGUGUUGCAAGCUAAGCAGCAACGACAAGGAGGAAUCAGGCAGCGCCAUUCAUUUUUGGUCUGGAGAAAAGCAAUGUCGAUAA